AUGAAGUAUUUUUCGAUUUUGAUAUGUACAGCAUUAGAUCCCCGAUGGAAAAAUUUUGCAUGCCUUCAACGAUUAUCCUAUAAAAACCAUGUUGAAGCAUUAUCUUUGUUGGAUAAAUUACAAGCAUUUGAAGCUAAACAGCUUGCAUAUUCACUUUUACAAGAAGAAUUUAAUUACUUAUCUCGUGGCACAACAGUUACAUCUCCAUCUAAUUUAUUUGAUCGUUCAAAAGAAAAAAAAAUUGAUAUUUUUGAUAUAAUGAUAACAAAUAAUUGUUUAUCAUCAUCAAAUACGUAUGAUUCUGAAUUAUUAGUAUAUGAGAGUGAAAGUGAACGGCAUAGGAAUGAAAAUCCUCUCGAAUGGUGGUCUAGUAAUAAACAAAAAUAUCCAAUCUUAUCACAAUUAGCAUACAAAUAUUUAUGUACAACAGCUAUAAGUGUACCAUCAGAGCGAAUGUUCUCAACAACAGGUUACUUAACUUCAGACAGACGUUCGAGAUUAACACCGGAUAAUGUCGAUAUUUUAUUGUUUUUAAAAAAAAUAGUUCAAAAAAAUAUCUAUUGUUAUUUUUAG